AUGAAGUCCGCAACCCUCGCCGCCGCCCUCCUGGUCUCCGUCGCCAUCGCUAAGCCCCACGGCCACAAGCGCCACCUCCACCCGCAUGAGAAGCGCGAUCUUGUCACCGAGUGGGAGACCGUCUGGGAGACCGCCACCGUCAUCAUCGACGAGAGCUCCACCGAGACCAUCCCCCCGCCGCCCCGCAACACCGGCGCCGGCAGCCCCGGCCAGUUCUUCCAGCCCCCCAGCAGCGCCAUCGUCUCUGUCGCCGCCGUGGAGACCUACCCGACCCCGGCCGCGCCCGAGACCCCCACCACGUCUCCCACCUCCACCAGCGUCGCCCAGCCCACCACCACCUCCAUCUACCAGGCGCCGCCUCCGCCGCCGCCGCCCCCGGCUCCCACCACCACCAGCACCCCGUCCCCGGCGCCCGUCGAGACCCCGUCGUACGACACGUCGCCGCCAGCCUCGGGUGGCUCGAGCUCGGGCGGUAGCAGCGCCGACGGGAUCCCGUACGGGAAGAAGUACGACGGCGAGAUCACCUACUACAACGCGGCGCUGGGUGCGUGCGGGUACCCCGACGAGGGCAAGGACGACAGCGAGAACAUCGUCGCCAUCCCCAAGGACUUCUGGGACGCCAUCAGCACCGCGACGAGCUACGGCAUCAACCAGCCCGCCCAUCCGCUUUGCGACAAGACCAUCACAAUCUCCACCGCCGACGGCAAGACCGCUAAGGCCGUCAUCCGCGACCGCUGCGCCGGCUGUGUCGGCUCCGCCAUUGACGUCACCCCCCACGCCUUCCUCCAGCUGUUCGGCUCCCUCGACGGCGGCCGUCUCGAGGCCUCGUGGUCGAUCGACGGGUAG